AUGCUCCCCCUAACAGCCCCCCACCUCGAACAAACCGAAAUCAGCCACAUCACCCUGCAAGCCCAAGCCAUCCAGACCCUCCACCCCGACUCCACCACACCCCCAAUCCUCAUGCACCCCAUAUACAACGGCAUCGCCAUCCGCACUUUCCCCCAGCUCACCGGGAAACUCAACCGCGUCGUCGGCCUCGGCAUGGGGCUCGGGAUCAAUCACGAGUUCUCGCACGCUGACCUCGACGUCCUGGAAUUGCUUUAUGCGGAGAUCGGCCUCACGCCUGAUAUCCAUUUGUGUGAGGAGGCGCAUCCUUCCGUGCAGCGGGUGUUGCGGGACAGGGCGUAUCGGUGUUGGGGGGAGUUGGGGGUUUAUGUGCGGGGUUUAGGUGGGGAGAUGGAGGGGGAGAUGGAGGGGGGGACAGGGGGGGCUGAAGUAUCCGAGUUGGUGAUAUCUCCUAGCGAGCACGGAAGCACGAAGGAGGAGGAGGAGGAGGAGGAGGAGAAGAAGGCAGAGGAAGAAUUCAUCGAAGCUUCAAUCGCCGGAUUCUCCGAGCAGGGACGCUCUCGGGAGCUGCUGGGGCUUUUGGCACGGAUUGCGGUGCUCCGGGCGGAUACGAGGCUGUUUGUUGCCCGGGUGCAGGGGCAGGUGGUUGGGACGGCGGCGCUGGGGGUCCUCGAAACGCAGGAUGGGGAGAGGGUGGGACAUCUUUAUCUCGAUAGUACGGUGCCCCGGUUUCGGGGGCUCGGGGUGCAUGUGCAGCUUAUUCGCGCGAGGGUAAGGUGUGCCAGGCAGAUGGGGUUGAGGAUUGUCACGCUGAGUACGGGGGUCAAGGGUGGGAGUAAACGCAAUGCGGAGAGGGAGGGGUUCGAGUUGGUUUAUAGGAAGAGGGGGUUUGUGAAAGGGGUAUUGGGUUAUGAAAGCUGA